UGUCAUUAGUGUGAGUACAACAUGGAAAAAAAUCUUGCACAGAGACAGCAUGGCUUACAGCACUUAUAAAGCAGCAUGGAAGGAACUUUGUGUAAGAGUUUGAAUUUUUUUUUCAAAAUGUUAUCUGGCUACACUGAAUGUAACACUUGUGCAUUGUUAUAUUCCUUCCAGGGUGUGUUGGGAAACUAGAGGGGCUGGCUACGUAAAAUAUAAUAUUUAGGUUCACUUUCCACUCUGCAAUGACUAGUGGACAAGUUGAUCUGUAUUUAAUGCAUUAAAAUAUAUUUACAAAACAUUAAUAAAAAAAAAAAAAAAAAAUACAGCUACUGGCUACCCAGUACUAAGUAUUUCCAUCUGUCUUAGUGUCAGUGUGGGUGUUUGUUUUUGUUAUAAGAUGGAUACCAUUGGAGCCCACCCAUUCCUUCUAAAAAUAUAUUGAGUUUGUGUAGUAAUUAAAAUGCUCUAAUGCAGUCGGUAGCUGCCUCUAUCAGUCAUUCUGUUUUAGUGUCAUUGCAGUUACUUAGGCUCCAGAUUGUACCAGCUGUAGCAUAUUCUCAAAAUGUUAGAUUUUGACUAAAUGUAUUGUAUUUUUUUCCCCCCUCAAAUCAGGAAAAAGAAGCAAAAUUUAGCGUGCAUACAGCAACACGUGAUUCUUCUCUUGGCCGUUUACCUCUUGCUUCAGUUCAAAAAAUAGCUAGUGCUUCUUGCUGUAUUAAGUCUACGAAAAAAUCAAGCAAGAAAUGCAAAGAUGCAGAGUCUUCAAACCGCAGACAUGCAGAAUUCAGUGAGGUAAGACCUCUAUCUGAUUUUCAUUUGUAGAGGCAGGCCAAUGCAUACUUGUAGUUCAGUAUUUGGUGCUGAUUCCAAGGUUAGCUUCCUGCAUUUCCAGUAAGCUUCCGAAGUGUGUUCUCACCACAUUCCAAGUAGAAUUAAAAAAAAUAAAUGCAAAAUCUCAUUUUGCAUAAGAGAUUUACCAAACCAUACAGAAAAUUCUAACCACUGGCACACUCCCAAGGGAAGUAAUCAAAAUGUUUGAGAAAAGUUUGACAACCUUCCUGGACCCACUGGAUGCUUCUACAAGGAUCUCCUGUUGCUUCCAAUGAGCUAUGCACUGCGGUGGAGGGCCAGCUCACUGGCUGAGUACUAUCAGCCAAACUCUCAAACUGCUUGGCUUUUUUCCAUGGGAUGGUGCCAGGCAUCCUAACCGCUACAGCAGAAUUUGAUCACUUUUGGGGAGUAAUCUACUAAAGCUCAUUGUUAGGGUUAGAAAUAGCAUUUGGCACUGAUCAUUAUGGUGAGAAAGGUCAUGUCACUUUACCAAAUAACAUCUCUGGGAAGAAAACGGACAUAUCAAAAUAGAGUACUCUCUAAUACUGUGAGCUCCCCAAGAUACACAUGUGGGGUAUUGCCUAGUUCUCUGUAAUUCAACUUAAGGCCAUGUGUCUUAUUUCAAAGACCUCUUCUUAUGAGGCUGGAGUUGUAACAGUUACCACUUAAUUUGCCAGAAAUUAACAGGUGAAAAGUUUAAAUAAGGGAAUCCAUUUACUUAUUUUUGUAUAGAUAGUUUUCUAAAAAUGAAACAGUUGACACUUCUUUUCCUUUUUUAAUUAUAUAUCUAUGCUAAAGGAGCACUCCAGACCACUAAAGCACUUUAGUUUGGUGAAAAGGUUUAUGUGAAUUAUUUUUUUAUUUAGUUUUUUUUGGGAAAAAGUUCAGCUUUUAAUAGAAAUUUACACUUUUUAAUGCUGGCUAUGCCAAUCUGGCUUUUCAAGCAGGCAACUGAUCCUGUUACUUCCUGGUUUGGUUAGCUUAAUUGCACUGAACUCAAGAGGCAGCAAUUGCCCAAAGCACCUGCCUUGCAAAAACUGCUCAUUGAGAAGCAAUGGGAAGUAUGUGUUAGGACUACCAUAGAAAGUCAGGACUGGGUUAGAGAAGGGCUUGUAAAGGCAGCAGACAAGAGAUCUACAGUUUUUGCAAGAUGCUUUUGGUUAAAACUCCAAUUUAAAAAUGGAUCAUUGCAUGCAUGUAUUCAUUUAGGGUAUAUCUACUAAACAGUGACUUUUAUUUAUUUUGUUUUUGGGCAGUGGAGUGUCACUUUAAUGUUGUGUAUACAUGUAGAGAGUAUUUGAAGAAAGCGCUACCCCUCCUUUAAAAGUGUGUAUUUCUUUGGUUGCAUUUCAUAGGAAAGUACAGUGGAACAAACUUACGGCAAAAAGACCUCACAAACACAUGGGAUUUCUAAAAAAUAAAAAAAACUCAUUAUGGGGAUACAUUCGUUUUUUUCACAAACAACAAUUUGAGAUCGUUGUUGCAGUGCUUUUUUUAAUCAAACUUUCUUUUCCUUUGAUCACAGAUUGCAAAAACCCUGAAAAAUGACCAGAGCCUUAAAGUGUGUAGAGACUGUGGAUCUCCUGCCAAAUAUGACUCUUAUCUUCAUAGAGCCAUUUGCACUAGAGAAAGCUGUAAAAGUGACUUUUGCACACUCUGUCUCUGUGACUACCACUUUUCUAAAAGCUGCACAAGUAACAAACCUCAGGCACAUCGAUAUUUAUCAGGACCUCUUCCUGGGAGUAAAAAGAGCAAACAGAACUUAAGGAGGCUUUAAAUGUUCUUAAAGAAUGGACUCCUAUUAACAUCCCAGUAGAAAUGGGGGGAAAAGACUAAAUGAAAUAUAAUUUUAUAUUUAUUUUUCCUUUUGGACAUGAAAAUACUCAUUCAACUUUUUAUAUAUAUUUCAAAAUUUAUUUAUUUAUAUUUUCGUUGGUACUGU